AUGGCUGAGAAUUCAGAAGAGACUAAAAAUGAUUUUGAUGAUCAACAAAUAGCUGAAUUGAAUAGAAUACUGGAUAAAAACUACGUAUCAACCAUAGAACAGGUACAGAAAUCACUGGAGACAGGAUCAGUUCCAGAAAAAGCAGAACCAGAAUUAUCAAUGGAUGAAAUAUACAGCGUACUGGAAGAGGUAGCAGCAGUAACCAAUAGACACCUUGAAACAAACCGAAUCAACAUCAAAAAGAUCAAAGCAAAGGCAGAGGAAGCAGUCGACUUCUCUAAAAUCCUCGAUGGCAAAAUAUCGAUUCAAACCAAGAAGACCAAAAACAAGGAAACCACGAUGCAAUCGUAUCAGAAAUUGGUAGGAUUCUUUGAUCAAUAA